AUGGAAUGUAAAAACAUCCAAGUCAGAGGCUCGUCCUACACGGAAUGCGUUUGCAUGGAUGAUGAGUACAGGACUAAAAAGGGGACUUGUGAAAGAUUAAAUUACAAAAGAAAUCUUGCUUUCAAAAAAUUAGUAUUAUCAACUGAUAUAUAUAUCGUUGACUACGGAAAUUUCAGUAAAGAAAAAUUGGUUGACGGGCAGAUAUUGGGCGAGAGUAUGAUUCAUUUGGACUUUAUUCCCAAUAAUGAAGUAGAAUGGAUUAUUGUUGACUUGGAGGAUGUGUACGAAGUUGGAUACGUUGAAUUGUACACUAGGUGGAAUUAUAAAUACUUGGACCGUGUAAAAGACCUGAAAGUAGGUCUCAACGAAACACUGGAGCUUGCAACAAAAUCCAAAAUUGGCAGUUACGAAUUAUGCGGCAUAAUUACUGAGGUACGUAAAGCGGGUCUUCCGAUGAGAAUUACCUGCCAAGGAAAAAAAACUGGUCGUUAUGUCAUCAUACAACCAAGAACAAUAAAUUUGGGUCUUGGAAUAAAAGAACUUGAAGUCUACGAAGAAUUAGGACAAGAGUUGAACGACAACUCUUCGUCUUCCAAUACUAAUGAUGCAUCCUCAGAUCAACCGAAAGGAAGCAUUCGUCGUCAAUCAGUUGACUUCAUUGGAUGUUUUGAGGUGUACAGUGCGACGUUCACUUCCUCUCAAUCGAGCCUCAUUUCUUGUCAAGAUGCUUGUGAAAAAUUUGACGAUAAGAAAUUAGUUUUUGCAUUAAAGAGUUUUAGAGUCAAAGUUCGACCAAAAAAUAUAAAUAUUACAUCAGUUUAUAUUAGAAUUGGUAACAUAUUACAAAAUAAUUUGUUCCUGAAAUGUGAUACGGACAAAACUAUUUCUCUGUAUUCUGGCAGGAGGGUGUUUUCAGCAUCACCGAUAGGAUGCUUCAAAGAUACAAACCUAGAGUCAAUGUCAGGUUCAACUCUCAACCUGACAAGGAAAUUAGCUUAUGCGUCCUGCUUUUCCUACUGCGAGCAUCAUUAUGCCAAACAUUUUGCUAUUAAGGAUACCAAGUGUUUGUGUGGUUACUUGUACAACGCGGUUGAGCAGAUUUGUGUGGCGCUUUUCGCUUUUCGCUUGACUCAUUGUGAGGAACAUCUUGUGGAUCUUGUUUGA